CCGUAAGACUCUUCCUUUUAAUAUGGCUUUAGAAGCUCUUAGCUCUCCCACCGCUGCCCCGCCUCCUUUUCCCUUUGAAGAUAGUAACUUGCACUGCUUGGAAUCCCUUACCAAGCGUAAGCGCUCUAAGAGACCGCGUUUCGAUCAAGUUACCACCGAGGAAGAAUACUUAGCGCUCUGUCUUAUCAUGCUAGCACGCGGCGGAUCUUCCACCAACCCAAGUCGACACCGCUCUCCUAGUCCAGCACCGGAACCCACGAAGAAACUGAGCUACAAGUGCAGCGUUUGCAACAAAUCGUUUAACUCUUACCAGGCUUUGGGUGGACAUAAAGCCAGCCACCGUAAGCAUUCGGGAAGCAACGACGACCAGUCAACGUCGACAACCGGUAAAUCCGGUGGAGUCAUCAAUUCAGCCGCGGCGAGCAACCCAAGCGGGAGGUCCCACGAGUGUUCCGUCUGCCACAAAGCCUUCCCUACAGGCCAGGCCUUGGGAGGCCAUAAGCGAUGCCACUACGAAGGUGGGGCGGGGAAUAGCGCCAGCGCCGUUACUACAUCUGAAGGAGUUGGCUCAACCAAUACCACGACCCACAUCAGCAAACGAGGCUUUGACCUCAACAUGCCCGCGUUUCCGGAAUUCUCAAUGGCUAAUUUCAUUGUCUCUGCUGCCGGCGAUGAUGAAGUCGAAAGCCCACACCCUGCUAAGAAGCCAUGUUUCUUUAUGCGACCCAAAAUUGAAGUCAACUAAACAACUAAAACCCUUCAUUUAGUUCUUUGUAGGAACCAAGUUCCAUGUAUUCCUUUAUUUAAUUUCUUUGUUUUUUUGGGACAAUUUUUUUUCUGUACGUAAGCACUAGAACAAUUCUUCAGUUCGCUGUUUCGAUUAAUUAAUUAGUCAACUCAAUUCAAUUAAAACAAAUUAGUUCAA